AUGGCUGAGAAUUCAAAAAAAGUAAGCAUUGAAGAGAGAUUUGAACAGCUCCAAAACACCUCCGUAAUAUCAGAAAUAGGUUCGAAGGCUAAGAUACAACGCGUAGCACCUCAUCUUGUGGGAGAUGGAAGGAUGCAUUACGAGAAGCACUUCACGCCAAAGCUCAUGUCUUUGGGUCCCAUCCAUUACGGUGCUCCCAAACUGCAGCUAGGAGAAGAGUACAAGAAAAUGUGGGCAGCAAUGUUCUUCAGAUCCACCGACCAAACGCCGCAGUUUCUGUUCGGAAAGAUUGCAGAAAAUGUUGAAGCUCUGAAAGAGUUAUUUGCGCCGGAUCUUUUCACCGGAAACCGUCUGUUUUUGAAGUAUUCCGAGCAAGGGUUCAGCAGCAUGGAGGAAAUGAUAUGCUGGACGCUGCUGGUGGAUGCCUGUGCCCUGCUACAAAUACUGGAACAUUUCAACCUUUCGCGACCAGAGGAAAUGAAUGUUAAGUUUGAGCGACUGAUGCUGGUGUUUCAGGAUGUUAUGUUGUUGGAGAACCAGCUUCCGUACCCAUUGCUGAAACUGCUAUGGGGAGAAACCAACGAGGUGAGGUUGAUCCAAACCAUGAUACAAUUUGUUGGGAGGGCUGCAUGGUUUGUUCAAAGUAGAUACGGGAGUUUAGAAGCACCUACUCAUCUUCUCCAUCUUCACCGCUCUCUCAUCUUGUAUAAUAAGCAUGGCAUCCGUCUACGAAACACAGAAUAUGACACUACAAAUGAAGACUUGUGCCUCAUAACACAUAGAAACAUAACGGAGUUGAAAGCAGCAGGGGUUGAAGUGAAAGCAAGAAAGACAUAUGACGUAAAAGACGUAUCUUUCUCCCUUGGAAGGUUCCGUUCCAAAUUGACGCUCCCUGAGAUUAUUGUGGAUGAGACAACAGCUGGUUUUACGCUGAACUUAAUAGCGUAUGAGAUGUGUCCUGAUUUUGAGAAUGACUAUGCGAUCCGUGAUUAUAUAUCGUUCUUGAAGUCCCUGGUAGACACCCCUGACGAUGUGAAGGCCCUGAGAUCAGCACGAGUUCUGCUUAACACUCUAGGGAGUGACCAAGAUGUUAUGAACCUCUUCACUACCAUAAGCAGUAACUUGGUCCCUAAUAACAUGGACAAAUAUGGUGGUGUCAUGGUUCAGAUUGAGAAGCAUUUUCGGCAUAAAUCUUUGCCCACUUGGAUAGCACUUGCCUAUAACACCUAUUUCAGCACUCCUUGGGCCAUCCUUGCCUUUCUUGCUGCACUUCUCGGACUUCUCCUCACUUUUAUCCAAACCUGGUCUACCCUUCACCCACCAAAAUAGUGUUGGAAAUACUCAUGAGUCAGAG